CAGGCCAGGGCGGAUUGUCCAGAGAUUGUGCUGUGGAUCCUUUGGAUCAGAGAGGGAGCAUCGUCGUCACUUGGGAUAUCUUGAACUGGUAUCAGGGCGAUGGCUAUGUGCUUAGCUUUGUCUUUGAUCGAUCAGGCUUCUGUAAAGAUCGAAAACCAGCAGCUCUACAGGCACAUCGAAGCUCGUCCGGGAUGGAGCUUCGGCUGGGAAUGGAGCAAGGAGGAGGUGAUAUGGGAAGUCCAAGGCGCUCAAGCCAUAGAUCAAGGCGACUGCGCUCGAGUCGAGGAAGAGAACUCUCCUCACUCCUGCCAUCCGAGACCGGUGAUGAUAGAUCUCCAGCCAGAAGCUCCUGGCACUCUCCAGACCGCGAAUUGCUGCAGGGGUGGAGUGUUAUCGUCUGCUGUGCAGGAUCCCUCGACAUCCAUUGCUUCGUUUGUGAUGAAAGUUGGCCUUGCGAGAAGACCACCUGAUGUUCCUCUAUCGUUUUCCAUCCCAGGAUACUCGUGUUCUACGCCAACUAAUGUUACUUCCAGCUUGAUACCGGAUGGACAACAUGGACGCCGAGCAUACAUGACAUGGCAGUCUUCUUGCACCUACAAGCUACGUCGAACAUCAUCUUGUUGCGUUUCGUUUUCAUCCUUUUACAAUCCCGACGUCGUUCCCUGCAAGGACUGUGCAUGCGACUGCUCGCAGAAACCGAAGGCAGGAGAACGUUUGUGCAACAUCAGCUCAACUGACGAUGGAUUCCAAACUCCUGGCAUAGCGACGGCUUUGAAUCUCCACAAGCAGGCCCCGUUUCAAUGCUCCAAAGAUAUGUGCCCGAUCAAGAUCCACUGGCACGUCAAGAACAACUACAAAGGCUACUGGCGCUCCAAAGUCAGCAUUCUCAACCGGCACCUCCAGAACUACACGCACUGGAACCUCGUCGUCCAGCACCCCAACUUCAAACAGCUCAAGGAGGUGUUUAGCUUCAACAGCACUCGGCUGCCAAUCCACGGUGAUGACACCAAUAUGUUCUGGGGAAUUCGCAGCUACAACGACAUGCUACUAGAAGCUGGAGAGAAUGGAGUGGUCCAGUCCGAGAUGCUAUUCCAAAAGGAUCCCUCGUUGUUCUCACUCUCCAAAGGCUGGGCUUUUCCACACAAGGUGCUAUUCAACGGCGAGGAGUGUGUUCUUCCAGCUCCAGAUUCAUAUCCGGGACUUCCAAACGCCGCACGACAAUCGCUCCUCCACUCUCCAUUCCUGUUACUGUUGCUUCUUCUCGUAAAUCUCCUCGUGUGAGAUGAGAUGAGGUAUGUCGCUUCGUUACGUGCGCAGCUAAGUUCUUAGUCGAUCAUC